AAUAAUAAGCAGUGCUAUGUUUUAUUGUGGUAGUACAAAACAAGAGUAAAUACAAAUAUAAUAAUAACUGUCAAUUAAAACCAUAGACUACAUUCAAAUAUAACACCACUAUUAACAAUUUAAAAAAAUUGGAGCAGCCUGAACAUUUUGAAGAAGAGUUUUAGGGGAAAGUUCUGAAAGCUAAACUGUAGGUUCCUUCUGCAUGUGUUCUCAGGGGGAUAACCUGGACCUGGCCGUCACUAAGGACGAGCUGGAGGUUAUGGUGGGGGAGGGUGUGUGUGCUGUGAAGACCCUGACCAGAAACCACCUGUACUGUGAGCCCCCCCCUCAGCAGCCUCCACCAGGACCCAACGGCAAGAAGAGGGAGGGCUCCGACAAUCUGCCUGAGUUCACAGUCCGAAUGGGCAACCUGAACUUCUCCCUGGGUAAGGUUCAGUAUGACACCCUCAGCCUGGCCACCUUCCCCCUGGAGGCUCAGAUUGGAGUCGGGGUGGGGGCUUCAAUCGUAGCCCUCAUCGUCCUCAUCAUCGUGCUCAUCUACAGGAGGAAGAGUAAGCAGGCGCUGAGAGACUACAAGAAGGUGCAGAUCCAGCUGGAGAACCUGGAGACCAGCGUGAGAGACCGCUGCAAGAAAGAGUUCACAGACCUGAUGACGGAGAUGAUGGACAUGUCCAGUGACCUGGUGGGCUCCGGCAUCCCGUUCCUGGACUACCGGAGGUACGCUGAGCGGAUCUUCUUCCCCGGCCACCGGGAGUCCCCUCUGAGGCGGGACCUGGACGUGCAGGAGUGUCGGAGGCAGACGGUAGAGCAGGGCCUGGUGCAGCUGUCCAACCUGCUCAACAGCAAGCUCUUCCUCACCAAGUUCAUCCACACUCUGGAGAGCCAGCGGACCUUCUCCCCCAGAGACCGGGCCUACGUGGCCUCGCUGCUGACCGUGUCGCUGCACGGCAAGCUGGAGUACUUCACCGACAUCCUGAAAACUCUGCUCAACGACCUGGUGGAGCAGUACGUGGCCAAGAACCCCAAACUGAUGCUGCGGCGGACGGAGACGGUGGUGGAGAAGCUGCUCACCAACUGGAUGUCCAUCUGCCUCUAUGCUUUCGUCAGGGUCAGUCAUCACAUAUAUUCCCGCUACAACUAA